UACGGGGUGGCCUGGGGGGGCACGUGCCCCCCCAAAUAUUUGACUUUUAGCUUUCUUUGAUUUGUAACCCUAUUGUCCAAUGUUCAGAAUCAGAUGCUAAAUGAGCUACUGACCUAGAAAAGAAUUAGCGCGCUUUAUGCUUACACCCGGUCAGUGGAAUUAGCGCACGUUAUGUACGAACACGUGGCUUAUAAUGACUGAAGCACAUACGAAGAAGGCUUCCCGGAAACGGUCAGGAAACAGCAGAAAUGAAACAAUUCUGACUUUCUUUCAGCCCAAGAGGUUUGUGAAAUUGUGACUGGUGUGCUCUUGCUGUCUGUACUAGCUAGCUAGUAACUGUAGGAUGUCACCAGGUCGAGGGCAGAUUCUCCCAUUUCAGUUGGUACAGAAGGGCAUGUGAUUACGGAUUCCGAAUCGGCGUCUACGGUAGGCAUUAGCGAGAAUGCUGAGUCUGAGUUUGCUUCUGCCUCGGAGUCACUAUGUCUAUCUCCUUCGGCACAUGUCCUUGCCGAGAGCAGUUACGAGAGCAGUUUCAGUAGUUCCGUAGCAACUGUAGAUCUUUCCAUGGCCAGCAGCGGGCCUGUGUCACCGAAAACUGCUGUAGCACCUGCACUCAUAUAUGCAGAUUCUGAGCUGGAAGUAGAUCUAGAUUGUGGAUCACCGACAAAUCCCGAGACGGACUGUGCCGAGGAUGCACCAGGCGCCAUGAAAGGUUUACAAUCACCUGCAGGUACACGAAAUAUCUAUUAUCUUGUAACACAAUUUCGUCGGUACAGUACUCUAACUAAUUAUUGCAUGUAUGUUCCGCUCACAGAUCUGUCACGCCAUAUUGGAGAUAGGCCUGCGCAGCCCCUCCUGUCAAAAUUUCCAACAACUAAGUUCGGCUCGAAACAUCGCUCCUUCUCUCCUGAAUGGUACAAGGCAUUCACGUGGGUAGAAUAUUCCAUAGCGAAAGAUGCAAUAUACUGCUACCCCUGCCGUCACCUCAAGGUAGGAGCAGUUAGUCGAGUUGAUCCAGCAUUCACUACAAUUGGUUUUCGGGGAUGGAAGAAGGCUAAGGGUAAAAGUGGAGCCCUGAAACAGCACGCGGAAUCCGCGAACCACCGAGCGAACAUGCAAGUAUGGCAACAACGUCUUGUUGCAGAAAGAGAAAAGGUUCAAUUCGGUGUGGACUACCAACUACGGGAUGUGGAAGAAGAGGAGAUUAUGCUUAAUCGGCACUACCUGAAGUCAGUUAUGACAGUGAUUCUCACCCUUGCGCGACAAAAUAUACCACUGCGAGGACACCACGAAUCAGAGACGUCGGAGAACCCAGGAAAUUUUAGAGCUAUUUUAGACCUCCUAGUCAAUCAAGACGCUCGCUUGCAGCAGAAGAAGAAUAGCCUUCCUAGAAAUGCCAGAUACCUAUCACCUAAUGUCCAAAAUACCAUACUGGAUAUACUUGGAAAGAUGGUGAAGGACAAGAUUUGCUCCGAGUUAAAGGCAAGUGGAGCUUUCACGCUCAUGGCAGACGAAACACGUGAUGUCAGCAAAAGCGAACAGCUGUCCUUGGUUGUGAGAUAUGUUUUUGAAGGCAAUGUGUGUGAACGGUUCCUAGGAUUCGUUGCUUUAACCGAUCUUUCUGCAGCGGGAAUCGCCCACUCUAUUACGAAAUCACUGGGUGAGAGUAGCAUUGAUUUGUCAAUGUGUGUUUCUCAGAGUUAUGAUGGAGCGAAUGUAAUGAGCGGCGAGCAUGGAGGCGUCCAGGCGAAAAUCAAGACUAUGUGUCCUCAGGCUACUUACUGUCACUGUUAUGCACACCGUCUGAAUCUGGCUCUCGUAGACUGCUGCAAAACUAUCCCAGUCGCUUACGAAUAUUUUUCACUUCUGAAUUCCCUUUACGUUUUCGUAUCUUCGUCGGCCGUUCACUGCGUACUUGAAUGUGUUCAGGAGAAUAUGAAGGAAAUCAAUUCCUCGUAUAAACCGGUUCAUCUUAAACGGUUAUCAGACACAAGGUGGACAUGUAGGGUAGACAGUGUAAGAGCUGUACACGACGGGUACAAAGCAAUCAUAGAGACUCUUCGUCGAGUUUCUGAGGGGAACAACAAGGAUCGUGCGGUGCAGUCCAAAGGAUUACUAAGUCAGAUUCAGUCUCUACAGUUCAUUGCUUGUACCGUCAUAUUUAAGAAAGCUCUCCUACUGACAAAGGGGGUUUCAGAUGUACUGCAGAGUAAGCAACUUGAUCUAGCUGCAGCCGUAGAUUUGGUAGAAACGGCAAUAGACACUUUGCUUGAAUGGAGAGAGGCGUCAUUUGAUUCAUCAUUGUGGAAGAAUCUAUGGAAUGAUAUCGAAGAACUGGCCAGAAACAACGAAGUGGACCUUGGUGAUCUUUCCCAGUCGAGGCGCCGUAAUCGAGUCAGCCAUCAGCCAACACGUCUAGAUGAGUACGUAAUAAUGGAAACGACCGGCAGGCAACCAGUUAUUUCAGAGGACGUCGAAACCUAUGUUAGAGUUUCCGUCUACUACGAAGUGCUUGACUCAAUCAUAGGAGAAAUGAAGCGCCGAUUUUCCCAUGAGACUCGUCCACUGAUAAGGGCAUGUAGCGCUUGCAUGCCUGGAUCAUCUUUUCUCAAUGCAACUACUAUGCAGCCAUUGAUUGUCCACUACAAGCUAAAUUUUGAGGACAUUUCUGUGCAAGCCGAAGAAUGCAAACGGUUUCUUGCAAGGAAGAAGGAUGUAAACUCUUUAUCUGACGUCUUACACCAUCUCUUGCCAGUCAAAGAGGCGUUUGUAGAGUUGUAUAAACUUCUGACCAUAGUGUUGACUAUGGGUGUGUCAACAGCAUCUUGCGAACGCUCGUUUUCGUGUCUGAAGAGGCUAAAAAGCUAUCUUCGGGCCGGUAUGGGUCAAGAUCGGUUAAACAGUAUGGCUUUGCUUGCAAUAGAGAGAGACCUCUCUGGAAAAAUAGACAUUGACGAAGCAAUUGAGUUAUUUGCUAGAAUAGACAAGAACAGGAGAAUUAAGUUACUAAAGUAG